CGCCGGGCGGUGACUGCGCCGGGGGCGGGCGCGGCGCGGUGCCGGGAGGCGGCCGGACGCCGCUGCCGGCUGGGGCCCAGCGCGGGCUCUCGCUGCCGCCGGCCGGCGCCGCUGCGGCCGCGGGCGUGGGGGCCGGGAGCGCGGCUCCCAUUAUGGUCAGUCAUGGCGGGGCCUGCUGCCUGGCUGGGCGAGCUGGGCUGGUACGCGCUGGUCGCCCUCUUCGUGGCCGCCCUGGCCACCGUGGCCGUCUACCUGGUGCAGUACGCGCUGCUGGCCCUGCGGCGGGGCAGGCGGCCGCCGCCGCUGCCGCCAGCGCCGCCGCCGCCGCGGGACGAGCUGCUGGAGGAGGGCGGCUCGGUGCUGGGCUGGGCGCUGUCGCGGGGCAGCUGGCGGCGGCAGUGGCGGCGGGCCUGGGUGGCGGCGCUGGGCGCCGAGGCCGCGGCGCGAGCGGAUUCACAGUUGCUUACGUUUGAGGACAAUGACCCACCAGAACCACUUGAGCUAACAGUUAAAGAAGUUGUUAGUGUUGUAAAGUCAGCACAAGAGAAGGUGGUUUCUUGUAACGUUGUGGGAGAUUCCAUUACAUUUGGUGUCAAUGUCUCACAUACUUCACCCACUACUGCAGAAAGUCAGUCGUACAGUGUGAAACUGUCUCCACUUCACUUGCAGCUUCAGCUCUACGUGAAAGACAAGGGAGAAGAUGUCAAAGUUGAAUGGUUCCUCAUUAAUGCCUCUGAAACCAAUUUUGAAAUCCAGCCAUCAGUGCAGGAGGGACAGACAGCAGGGAUAUGUGCAAUAUCUGAAACGCUCACAGAUGUUUUGAAGAACCUCUUUAGUUCAGUUUCUGCAUCUGUGGUGUUGAGUACAAAGCCUACAGAUAUACAGGAGGUGCGGAAUGUGCAAAACAUAAGCGUUGUCCUUCAGGGCACUAGUCCACCUAAACCUCCAAGGGCUCAUGAACUGAAACUACUAGUAAAGAACAUCAUGGUAAACCUGACUGAUCACCAUGCUGCAGGCAGCACAAACCUUGCAUGUAUACUUCAGUUGAAUGACCCUAUGCAGAAGUUUUCCAGCUCUGUAGCCAAAAAUGCUGCAAAUCCCUUUUGGAAAGAAGAGUUUAUCUUUGAAUUAAGUGCCAAAUCAAAAGCAUUGCAACUGCAAAUAGUAGAAGAUGGAAAGUCGGAUAGUUCUUUGUCGGCAAGGGCAACUGUACCUCUUGACUUGUUCAGGAAACAGCCUUCUGGCCAACAAAGCUUUGCACUGAACAGCCAGGCCAGCGAGAGCAGCCCAGAGCUUGGGCCUGGGCUAGGAUCCAUUAGUGCAGAGUUCUCUUUUAUAGAACCUAAUGAAUUAAAGACUUGGCAAGUUUCUUCUCCAGUGCCAGCCACCAAGAUAGAAAAGGAUCGAACUGUGAUGCCCUGUGGGACUGUGGUCACUACUGUAACUGCUGUGAAAACCAAACCCCGACUAGAAGGGAGAUCUUCUCCACUGAGCACAGAUUCUCCUGUGAAAACUCCAGUUAAAGUAAAGGUGAUUGAAAAGGAUUUCUCUAUUCAAGCUAUCCAUUCCCACGGUGCUCCAGUCAGCAAAACUUUAUCAUCUUCAGAUACAGAACUGCUAGUAUUGAAUGGCACUGACCCCGUUGCAGAAGCAGCUAUUCGACAGUUAAGCGAGUCUGCAAAGCAGAAGCUGAAGUCUCCUAGAAAGAAAAGCACCAUUAUCAUAUCAGGGGUGUCAAAGAUCUCUUUAUCUCAGGACAGUGAAGCUGCACUGAUGAUGGACUAUGCUGCAGCCAUGGAUGGCUCUUGCAAAAAAGCAAAUCAACCCACUGUGGAGGAGCGUAUUGCAAAAGUCACUUCUGAUGAAAAGCUAUCAUUAGGUGCUUCAGAAACAGUACCUGAUACUGACCCACAGCAAAGUGACCGUAAGGCUUGGGGUUUGGAGAAUGGCAGCCAGCAGUGGAACAGCAACAUGCUGCUAGACCAGACUUGUGAAGAAAUGUCCGGGAGCUCAUUAAGUGUUUCAGAAAUCGGGAGCAUGAAAAAAUCUAAAGGUGGGAUUUUGAAAAAAAGCGCAAAACUCUUUUUUCGCCGGCGGCAUCAUCAGAAGGAUCCAGGAAUGAGUCAAUCGCACAACGAUCUUGUCUACCUGCAGCAGCCAUUGUCAGAGGAAACACGCAAGAAGGGAGGGACACUUUCACGUAUCCUUAGCAGGAAGCUCCUUUCCAAGAACAAAAGCAAGAACAAACUGAAUAGUGCUUCAGCAGAACCAUCCAUAUAAGACUGAACACUCUCUAAUGGGAUACUUGCACAUCAGUUGAUCAGUUGUUUACAGAGCAGUACUAGAGAAUACAUAUGCAGCUGAUGACUUGCAUAAAAUGAUGUUCACUAAUACAGUGGUCCAGGAAUAAACAGAAAGCUUGUCUUUCAUUUAUUUUUUCCAGAAUGCUUUCCUUUAUAAUUAAUGAGUUGCUCCUCCAAAUACAGGAAGUGUGAAUUGUAUCAUGGCAGCAUUUGGAGGAUUCUGUGGUUUGUUGCAGAAGAUGAGGGAAGAUAGGGAAUGGUGCAGGUGGGGAGGACUUCUAUAUGAGCACCUAGUUUACAUUAGCGGAGAGCUAAGAACUGAAAAAUCCUACCUGCUAUAUGAGUGAACCACUAUAAAAGAUGUGACAUAUCACUGUGCUUCCUUACUGCAACACGGAAUAGUAGCAACGCAAGUCUCAACUUGGUUUUCUAGUCAGGCUGAAAGACAAAAGAGAGACCCAGAUCCAGUUUGUGUUGUAAUUUGGAAACGGUAAGUUUUUAGAGGCAGAACUAAAAUGCUGAUUAAGAUAGCCUGCUGUAAUAACUGUAGCCUGCUGUAUUAACUGCUCAGUCCAUGUAGGUGGAGAGAUGCCUUUGAUAUUAGCCAUAAAUCAAUAAAUUAUGCAAAUACUUAUCCUAGCAUAUUGUAUAAUAUUCUGUGCAUAAGUUAUGCUUAAAAACAGAACUUUUUCUAAGUCUACCCAAGUCUACUUGCAAACAAAACAUAUAAAAAUUCUUACAUGUAACUUUUCUUCCCUAUGUGAGAAGCUGCAUUGCUAAUGCAACAACUUGUCUUAGCGCUUCUAAUUCCUUCUCUCAAGUACUUGUUAGACAAGUAUAUUAAUGAUCGCAUCAAAUGCAAAGCUAGGAGCAAUAAGUGUUGAACAGAGCAUAUUUAACCCUACAUAAGCUUUCCAUUAGACAGCUUGUUUUAGAUGCCAAACUCUUACUGAGAUCUUAGAAAAUGCAGUUGUGAAGAGAGCUUAUUUUAAAAAAAAAGUAAUAAUCCCCUAACUUCAGUUAGUAGAGGUAUCAGUGUUGUCACGUGGUGAGUGGUUGGCUGGGCUUUAGACUUUUUCAUCAUUAAAUAUAGCAGCUGGCUCCUUAAAAUGAAAAAAUGGUGAAAGUAAAGGUGUAGUUCUUUUCUUAGAUAUUUAAAAAGAAGAGUGAAAUAUCAGUCGGUGUUUCACAGGCAGCAUCUUUUGUGCAUACCUGUACUUUUCCAUCGUAUACAUUCCUACUGAGAACAAAGGACCAAGCCUGUUCUCUUUAGCCAAGAAAAACACCCACUACAUCAAAACUACUGACAUAAAUGGAUGACAGAUUUGUGCCUGCUUUGCCAACAGUGAUUUUCUUCUCCCCUUAAAAGACUUCUUGUUUGCAUAAAAAUGGCAGAUAAUUGGGCUUACACUUUAAAGCAUCCUUCAAAAAUAGAAAUUAACUGAAAAACAGAAAUACCUUUCAAAACUUCUGGUGGGUUCUGGGUUCCCUGGCAAAUAUUUUUACAAACAUUAUAAAUCUAGAGGAUUUUUUUUAAUUUUACGAACAAACUAUUCAAAGAAAUGAACUGCCAAAAUCUUUUAACUGAGCCUACUGUUUAAAAAUACAGUUUUUAUGUAGCCUAGUAAAAUCACUGUGGUAGUACAGCAGUCCAGACUAUCAAACAGUUGUAUGUUUAAGCAUGCUGCUUAUUAUGAAAACACUUGAAGGCAUUUUAAUAUUCUAUGUUUAAAAAAUUUUUGUUACACAUGAGUAUUCUAGACCUUUAAUGUGCUUAGAAAUCCCAGGUCAGUAAUACAGGUUCGUCCUGCUUAAAUGUGCUUGAAAAGUUUUGUUUAUUGUUAAUUUAACACAAAGUAGAAGUUAGGCUUCUUCAUUUAGGCUUCUUCAUUUGCUCUAUAGCAGCUCAUGAGCUGAGCAUUGAAAGACUGAUAUUGUUCCCUCAGCAUACACUUUUUCCCAUUGACCUUAGUAGGAGCUCUUUGCGUGAUGGGGAGAAAUGAAGUCCCUAUCGUGUUUUAAAUGCUCAGUCUUGUUUGUUGAAGGAGAAAAGUAAAACUGAGCACUGAGCUCAAGAAAUCAAAGUGUAAUUAAGGUGAGACUAAGUUCCAUGUAUAACACCCCCUUACACUAAAAGCUAACAGCUGUAGAAUUGGGAAUGUAAAGGGAUUAUGUAUCACUACUUGAAGUCUGUUCAAAUUACUGAACUGGGAUUUUAAUUUACAGAAGCUUUUUUACUGUAGAAUGUGGUGGAAUUAAUGCUGAGUAACUUGCAGAACACAGGAGUAGGGUUUGCUUGUAUAUUACCCCAAAGAAAAAUGAGCCUUGGAGGUGGUUCUUUUUUUUUAAAAAAAAAAUCUUUCUUAAGGUCUUGGUGAUUGCCUAAAUGCAUGUCUUAAUGGUGGGGACUGAGAGUAUUCAAUACUGCAAACUGUUCAUAGGUUUGAGCUUGCAUAUAUUGAGAAAGAACUAAUUAUUCAGAUGAGGAAAACAAGGCAUUUGGGGUAAAAAGGGAAGCUUGUUUUUUAAUUGCCUUCACUCCUCAGGAAAAUAAACAUUGUUUGGUUUGAUAAUGUGUUCAACCUCCAUAUCUGGCUGCUGUGUUCCUCACCUCUUCCUACACCUCUACAAGUAAUUUCUGUAAUGUAACAAACUAAAGUACUAAACCCAAAUAGACAGUCGAAUUCCUCAGUAGUGAUAACCUCAAAAGCCCAUAAUACUGAAUCCUGUUUCUCCACCUCAGGAGGUUGCCUUUUAAGAUCAGGAGAUGUAAGCCUGUAUUUUGUGUACUAGUAGUUAUGUUGGUGUGAGUUAGGUCCUGACUACCUGUGUGAGCUAUGCUACAGUUCAGAGUAGGAAGGACAGGAUUUGUAAGCUGGCAGAAUUAAAGCCGGGACUAAUCCUAUCAGGUGCUGAGUAUUUCCUCUGCAGUUGUCUGAAAGGUGCCAAAAGGAACCUCCAAAUUAUCAAGAUUACAAUCUUAAAAAUUUUAAUAACUACACAUUAGAAGAGCACAGUAGAUCAAAUCUCUGCAUUAUAUUACAUAGAAAACUUUUUGUUUUCUGUCCUCUAAUUUUAUUACUUCAGAACAAUAUUUUGGAAACAAUUCAUAGAAUCUUUCUUCUUUUUUGCCCCUCUUCUUACACUUCUGUGUUUCUGGAUGUGAUAUAUAGCAAAGAAAGCAUAGUAUUUAUUUUAUAAAGGCUACACUGUGAAGGUUUGUUUUUCCUUUCUAAAGAAUUUUUCUGCCCAUAAUUGAAUCAUCUUAACCUGUGUUUAUGGGGUUUGUUUUGCUUUAUGGUAUCUUAGGUUUUCAUUUGCCUUGAUGCAGAAAACCUGCAUCCUCACCUAAGCAAGAUUUUCCUCAGCUUUAAUGGAAAUUUUGCUAAGAUCUACAGAAAUUUAUUUUCUCUAUGUAGAUUAAAACAAUAAAGCUACCUAUCUCUUGAACGUGAAGGCAAGCUAGGUGACUUUAUUGAAGUGAUUGAGAUGGAGGGAAAGGAUCCUUUAUCCCUAGGUCACCGGUAUUGCAUAUCCAAUUCACUUCAGGAAAAAAAGUCAUUCAUUUUACUCCUAACUAUAUAUGAAAGUUGAAAGGUUCGAGGCAGCAGGAAGGAGAAGGAACACGGUAGUGGAGAAAAGUACAUAUUCACUUAACAAGCAAAAUACCAUUAGCAAACUUGUUUGAUUGUUUGACGUAAUGGAGGUAUCAUAAACUGUACAGGCAUGGAUAUUGGGUGUUAUUCUAAUGCUUUCUAGUAGAUUUUUUCCCCCCUGUUGUUUGAGAGAGACUUUGGUGCUCUAGGUUAUACAGACCUGUAGUUACUGUCCAGCUCUAGAAACAACUUGGUUUUUGGUGCUGCUUUUUUGGAAGGAAUCUGUUGCCUGGUAACGAUACCAAUUUUGAGGACCAGUGACAUUUUACACUAGUUUCUGGCACUGCCUCUCCUUGCUAUUUCUAAGGUGGCUUUCAAGUGAAUGCGUUCUGAUGUGUAUUUCUUGUAACGUUUGGUUCUUCUGAUGUGUGAAAUAUAAUAGGAAAAAAGGGUGAAGCUGUCUACAUGAAAUGCUAUCAAAAGUGUAUGGGGAAACAAAGUAGAGCCUUGCUCUUCCUCUAACAUCUCUUUCAGCUCUGGUAAUUCUAGUUGUUACAAGGAGCAAGAGCUCUAUACAAGGUGAGAGUCACGAGACUUUCUCAGUUUACUACAGUUUUUAACUUGUAGAGCUGAAGUUUGAGAUAAGUGCUUAUCCUGGUAAAGAAUUAAGUAUACCAUAGCUCGAGGCUAAGACAAUUCCCAUUGUGAAUGGGAACAGCUGACCUCAUACUUUGACCCCCACAGGACCUACGUGGAUUUGUUCAGGUGUUUACAGUGAGGGUAUGCUUCACUGUGUGCCUUGAUGACAAACAGUUCAAGAUUAACUGUUUAACAAGGGUGACUACUUUAAGUCAAGGGCGAACAAUAUCAUUUCACUUGGGAUAUCAUAGCUGCUGCUAUGCAAAGUGCUAGUGUGGUGUGAAAGUAACUGGGAAGAAAGGGACUGGGGUCUUGCCAAUACUGUAACUUUGUAUUUCCCAACAAUGUAGUAUGCUCUGAUAUUCCGGAUGGGGUAGAACAUUUAUUCCUAGCAUUCAACUGUGACAGUCCCUUCUUCUGUGUUUUUUUUUCUUUUGUGUGUGUGUGUGUGUGUGUGUGUGUGUGUGUGUGUGUACACACAAAUAAGUUGAUACAAUUAAAAAGUCUAUGAUGUACAGAUUUAUUAUAUCACUAAAAAGCUUGAGGAUUUUUAAAAGAAAUACCUACUGCUGUACAUACAAUAAAUGCUAACUGUCUCUG